AUGGACUCCAGUCUCGAGUUCCUCGGUUCCUUUGACGUUUCUGACUCUCAAGGCACCGUAGUAGCAUCUGCGGAGGAGGUUGACGAGGCACAGGAGGAGGAGGAGUUGUUGUUUUCGGUCCGUUGUCGUACUCGACCAACGCCUGGUACAGAUAGCUCUGGGGACGAGGAGGAGGAGAAGGCAGGAGAUGAAGGGGUGAUAGAUGCUUCAGCUCCACCGACAAAGAAAAUCUUCUCCGACCCAGUAUUGACGGAUUUGGCAGACAACACUAACGCAUAUGCAGCAUCAAAAGGAGCCGGCACAGGAGAGGGAUCGCGCCAAUGGGUAAAGACCACACCUGACGAACUGCGCACAUUCCUCGGCAUCAUUGUCUACAUGGGCGUGUUCAGGCAGAACUCUGUCUCUGAGUAUUGGUCAACCUUCCCUGAAUGUCCUCAACACAACAUCACUACCUUCAUGUCCCUCGUCCGCUUCGAACAACUGAAGCGUUUUUUUCAUGUCUCCAACCCCAACGAGCCUGAGCAACAUUGGUUCUCAAAAGUAGAGCCUCAGGCUUCAUCCGGCCCAGAGCGAGCAGCCGACGUCGAUGGCGCGGGCAUGUCUACUCACACAACAACAUCUACACGGCAGGCUUCAUCCAGCCCAAAACGAGCAGCCGACGUCGACGAUGCGGACACCGCCGACACUGCUUCCUCUAACAAACGCCUCCGACCCCUCCAAAUCAGCUCCGGGUCGUCGACUCUCGUUGAAGACAUGCAGCGAUUGCUGGCAACACAGUCAUCCCAGAUUCGGUUCGACGAGAGCGGCGCUCUGACCACAAUCUGCGCCCAGGAAAAGGUCAUUGAUUUUCGAUCUGUCGGAGCCGCAAUUGAGAAGAUUCUCUCCUCACGAUUGUCUAAGGACAUCACAAUGCUCCAUAUGGAUGGUCUACGAUCAAUGGAGAAGGAAUGGGCGCACGGCAAACGAGAUCAGGCGCUGUCCAAGCAGUUGGAAACACUUGAACGAGAUUACACGGAGGGCAAGCUGCACAACAAAAGACAGCUAUACAAACGCCUGAAGGCGUCGUACCGAGCACCACCGGAGGCAUUGCGCGCCGUUUCGGAAGUACUGCGUCAGAGUGGAUGGACGAUUUGCCAAUGUCUCAACCAAAGCGACACGUGCAUUGCGCGGACAGUCAACAACGCUGCCGUACCCGGAGAUAUCCGAGUUAUCACCAAGGACUCCGAUCUCAUGGCAUUCGAGUCAAUCAUGUCCGUCACCAUGCCAGUCAAGAACACUUGGACUACUUUCCACAAAGAUGAGCUUCUGAACGAGCAUGGCCUUCCGACCCCUGUACAUCUAACGCUUGCCGCUCUGGUAUCGAACAACGACUACACCAACGGAGUUUUUUCCUAUGGCUUGACAUCCAAUGUCGAUACGGUCCGUCAGUUCAAGAUGACAGGUCUUGAUGGAACGGUUGGCCAAGAUCGAGUGGAGGUGGUUCGGAUCUAUGUUAGGCGCUACCUUGACAUAAUACACCAAAAGGCCCGUACAAUCAAGGACUCAGCCACCCAAAGCGCACGUCGUCGACUGCGAUGCAAUCCUAACCCAACGGUGAAGGCACACGACAAGGAUCUGAGGAGGAUCGAAACGGCCGAUCGACAGCUGCGUGUAGAUGUGACAGAAUUCGGCCAUGCUCUCAAGACAUUCGGGGCGGCGACAGACGCAGAGGCAACGCCACCACCACUCCCAACGGCACCCAAGGCAGGAUCAGCACCAUAUCCGCAAGCUACAUCAGCGGGAUCACCUUCCAUCAGGCAGACGCAUGGCCCAGCCGAACAUCCACCAUCGCACAAGCAAAAGAUUAAAAAACAACGCCGACAUGGUUCACGUGCCCUCCAGCGGCGACGACAGAAGUGGCGUCGUUCCAGAUUCCGCUCGCGCACAGACGUGCAAGAUCGCUAUGUGCCGGACACUGUUUUCCUAGAAAAGGCCAGCCCUGUUGAUGUCGUGGAACUUUCAGGAUUGAAGCCGUCGACCCCCCGUCCUUCAAAGCCCAAGGAGCAAUCCCCCCGUAUCGACCAAGUGCCUGCCCCCGCUGCCAAGAAGAAAAAGAAAAAACUCCUUGGCGAACCUAAAGGAAUAGCCGGACCCAAGGCCUUGAAGAGAGCGUUCCAGUCUGUUUUCGCAACGGUCACGCUCACGACUGGAUCCCUGCAAGGCUGCCUAGGAAGAUCAACCAAUCUGUCGAAAGCAGAGGUUGCGCAGCUAACCCAACACGUGAGUUCGGCAGUCUCUACCGUCAAUAGCGCCAAACACAUUGUGUACAAGCUUAUCGAGAUGCGCAUUCUACAGCCGCUGAUCGAGACUGGACUGAACCAGGCAGAGGAUGGACCGGACGAGAGCUUCCUAGAGAAGAUCCUGGAUUCCGAUUGGGCGGAAAGGUUUGUCCAAAACCUACUGUCCUUCGUCUUGAGGAAUUCCAUUGUCCCCCAAGGACGUCCACCCGCGUCGGACAAGAGCAAGGAUGCUGUCGCUGAAGCAAUCUCGACGUUUAACGAGUUCAAGAAGACGCUGUGCCCAGGGUUCAAAGCCCUCAACUCAACGGAUCUGGCUUUGAGUAAUAUCAUCGCGGAACUUGCACCCAAGAUCUGCCUAGAUCAGAAACUGCAUUACAGGAGAAUACCGGAGACUCUUAGAACAAAGCUCUCCAAGCUGUCCAUUGAUUGCGAUGGUCUUCCUGAAAUAGAUCAAGAUGGCACCGACGCUGGUGGUGAUGCCGGGGCUGCUGACGUUAACGAGGGUGUGGACGACGACGACGCCCUCAAGCGAUCCAAGAAGAUCAUUUUCAAGCCGGGUCAUAUUCAACUCUGCUGGCGAUAUUUCCUCCUCUUACCAUCAUCCAAGCGGCCCCGGUUCUGCACCCAGGCCAAAAUGAGCGAUUCCUUCAUCGACAUCAACGAGGAAGCGUUGGUUGCGCUUCUCUGGGGAGAGAAGGCAGUUCAGUUGGACAACGUAUGGGAGGACACCCGCUACACUCACAACUGGGCAGCGGCAAAACAGCGUUCUUCGUACGGAGAGGUGAUCAAAGAACUAUUCAUCGGUGACCGAGAUGUCAUCAAGGAAGCCAGGAAUAAGCAGCAGACGACAUACGGGAAGAGGACAACAACCAUGGCUGAGCGUGAGGAGGCCCAUCCACACAUCUACGGACAGUUAGAGCUCGCACGGUAUUUGACGAAUAAGGUCAAUUUUUUCCGAGAACGGCACAACGCCUCCCUCACGGCCCCGACACCACCGUUGCCAUCAUCAACGCCAUCGUCAUCGACGACCUCCACCCCACCGCCUCUUCCCACCCCACGUCAGCAGCCGCGUUCUUACCGCUACGCCCUCAACAACUAUAUCAGGACGGAUGGCCACCAGCUGCAGAUUCUCGCGUAUGACCUUACAAAACCCCGCCAAUCCCCAAAUUACAGUGAGUUUCUUUCUAGGAUCGAGAAGCUUUAUCCAACGCGGCAGCAUCUUAUCGACGCGUUUGGCGACGACCUGGAUUCAGUCAUUGUCGUCGGUAUUGAUCCCGGAGAGGUAGUGAGUGGUGCAUUUUGUUUGACACUUCCCGGUGGAAAAGUCAUCAAUCUGCUGAUCAAGAGGGCCUCCCUAUACCAGCCUACUCUGGCCUUCCGAGAUUGGGAACAGCAUUGGAAAAGGCGACACCCAACAGCUGGUCCAGGCGAUGUUGUCGACUCAUCCCUUUGGACACGGAUUACCGACCUGGACAAGCUCACCACUCUCCCGUCUGUCCACGACCUAGAGAAUUCUCUCCCCUCAACGAACUACGACACCUCGUUGGAUGCUUUGACGGCAGCUCACAAGAAGUACUACGAGCAGGAACCGCUGAUCCACGGGAUUUACGCGUCAAGAGAAUGGAAGGUAGCGGUUCACGAGCACAGAAUGGCGAAAAUGUCGGAGUUGGAUCUGGCCGUCGCUGGCGUUUUGCGGAUGGUGGAUGAGGCAUGUGAGGGCGUACCCAGUGCUGCGCUCGGAUACAAGGCUGCCCUGGUCGACGAGUAUCUUACUUCCACCAUGUGUCCAACAUGUGUGGUUGAGAACCGAGCCACCCGCCUCGCCAAGCCGUCGAUGAGGACAUGCGCCUGUUAUAUCGAGGAGAAGGUUGCUGAGAAGCUUCACAAGAAAGUGGAAUUGAGUAAGAAGCGAAAGGCAGCGAGUCUCGAUGAAUGUAUGUCGGACAAAGUCAAGGUGCAGAUUCUAGGCGAUAUCACCGCAAACGCGCGAGCACCUCUUGGACUGUGUGAUCGGGGAUAUGCGCGAGCCAUUGCCCGUCCAGGACUGAGUCACCUCACUAAACAGGAUGUCCGGCAUCGGCAGGGGACAGGAUUCUGCAAGCUGGAGUACAAUUCAACACUCGGAAGCGUAUACGAAACGUCCUGGAUGAGGGCAGUCUCGUUAUGUCGUGAUAAAUACGGGGCGCCGGUAUCCAGAGCGGGAGAGCAGUCUGAUGGCGGCGAAGGCUCGUCGUCAGCUCCGAUGGAUAUGGAGCAAACAAAGGUCCUCGGUCUUGUUCAGGACGAGGACGGUGAUGCAGCUUCUCUGACCCCCGAGGAGGAAUCUGCAGUUCAGCAAGAGGCAAAGGAUCGCGAAAAACGCCGAUGUUACACAUUCCCGGUAUCGCUCAACAACCUCCUGUCACUGUCACUGACUGAGCACGCCGACAUUGUCGCAGACUUGUUCGAGUCGAAUCAAGUGGCCCUCACGGACAUGGCCGAUGAACUCUAUGCCCUGGCUAUGAAGACGACUUUGUUGGUGGCCCAACAGCACACGGUUCAACCAUCUUCGUCUUCUACGAUAACCCCAUCCAGUCCGACAUUUGACGUCAUGCACCUUCUGCCAAUAAGUUUCGAACCCCGGAGUCCUGUUUCACCUACACUUUUGGUGUCACCUCUACCCGCUGGAUUACAGGAGAGGCUGGUAUCUCAGCCUAACGAGACUAAAAACCUAUGGGUGGACGACCUCCAGAGCUUGUUGAACUACGAGCACUUAGGAUACCUGUAUGCACGAUUUCUGGGGCCUGACGGUCCACCGGCAAGUUCACGGGAACAGCACCCUUUGUGGACUCAUUUGGCAGAUGUUAUGGUGGAACAGGAUGGGGUCACUCGUAUAUACCCUCAAGGACGAACAACGGCGGCCGGUGACCAUCCUUUACUCGGCCUUUCGAACUUGGUUUGUGACAUCCGGCAUCAAAUGGCUACCGCGAUUGAGAAUCUUUGGACGGGCUCAUUGAUCAGUACGGCGAUGGACUAUCUCCUUCGCUUCUCGCUCAGAUUUCGCUUGGCACCAUUGCGCGAGGACAAGUACUUCACAUCAACCCAUGCCGCUGGUGAAAAGAACUCGGAGAAGUUGAACCAACCCACCACUCGGUAUUCUCGCAAGGCGUGGAAGGAUGAUGUGGAGCGCUCUCAGAACAUUCUUGGCAGGGAGCUCCAACAGGCACAAUCUGGAUACAUGGAUCUGAAUCGUUUCCAACACCUACUGUCGCUUCAACGCCGCCAUGCCAAGUCGGAACCAGAACGGGUCAACGGCAACCUAUCAUUCCAGGGCCGCUUAACUAGACAGCAGUGUUCACGUGAUACGACCACCCCAGCACCCCAUGAAGAUCUUGAUGAGGCAAGUGACCAGGCAGAGCAGGAGCAAGAGGAGCAACAAUCUAGUUCUGACCCUACUGUUCAUGUGAAGGAACCCUCGCGAGCUCACCUGAAGGCCAUACAAGCCGUAACAAAGAUGUUAUUGGAGUCCCCAUCGAUUCAGGGUGCACUGACAGUUGAGCGAGUCAGGGAUUGUUUCCAUCGACCUGAUGCAGUGACGGACACAGAGUGUGAGGCGGUUAUUGACACCGUCGAAGUACUGCGUGAUUAUGUCCCGACAAGACGAUCCAAGACGACGGGCGGAACGACGUCGCCUACGCCCCAUAUCGCCACCGGAAUCGGUAUUGUCUUGAUUGCAAACCAGCUGCUACGUAUCGGGGGAUAUCCGGCCUUCACCCGAAAGAUCUCCCCAAGAGCCCUAGUCUUUGCCGAAAGCUUCACAUACGUCGACAGACACACGAUCCAUGUCCUUGGCGACGUCGUACCGGCGGGUCAAGAACGGGGAUCCGGCGCGCCUGUGCGCAGCGAGCUGGUGGAAGAGCGGAAGAAGAAAGGCUCGAAACGGACACGCGGAGGCACUGAUUGGCCUAGGGAGGGCGAGCGCAUUGGAGUAACCCGGGAAAUUGCCAAGGAAAAGGCCAAGCAGGCUCAGGAACGUCUUUCCACUUUGGAGGCAGAUCAAAAGAACCGUUCGAAGACAUAUCUCCAAGCGGAGAACGAGAGACUGGAUGCCUCCAGGAUUGUCAAGGCAUUGUCAGAGGGAGUAGAUGAUUCAGUGGACCCGGCUCAACAAGACCAAGCCCGGCAUGAGGCAUACGAAAAGCUGUACAAGAACCGCCGCGUUGCAAGCAAAGCCUGGAACGAUUGGGCUCAGCACCAGUUCGAGUUGAAGUCUACACGCUCUGAGGUGUACGCCUUUAACAAAGUGAGCACAACUAAACCUAGCAUCGAACCAGCAGCACCUCCACGCAGGACCAUCAUUACUUGGGAGCAGCCCGCUUUGGAGGAUCGGACGGAAUCACUUCAUCUGAACAGCAUUUUCGAAUCGGCUGGAGCAGACUCUAACAAGGUGUUCGGAUUCAGCUCAGACGACCCUGGACUGUCAGUUAUGCAGGUCUCGGCGACACUCACGCAUGGGCAAGUGUCACAGUACAUUCGUCAGUACUUUGAAACUCUUAAUCCAUUUGGUGCGCUCGCAGACUACGACAUGCUGAAGACAGAGGAUGAAUCAGAGUCACUGGCGGAGGCAGUUGUGGAUCUACCACCGGUCAGCAGGAUAAUGGCGCCUUUGUUGGACGACCUUUCUUUUAGUCGGAAGCAUGCAAGGAGCCGUGAGCGGGAUUUGGCGGCAGAUUGUGAUGUCUCCAAAGCGGCUCGGGCCGCUGUUCAGCGUCUUUCCGACACUCCUAUCUCGACCGCAACCACACUUGACGAGAUUAAUACUGCCCAAGAGGUCCGAAGACAAGCCAGGCGGGAUUCACGCACGUUUUUCUCAUCAAACAAGAGACGACGCCAGGCAAAACCCCAGCGCUUGAGGACAAGGCGAACAUACGCCACUCUGGCUGCAGUGCAAAGGCGGGGUAUCAAGACGGAAGUUCACAAGGAGAUCCGGCGGAUGCUCAAGGCCAAGACCAUCGAGACAGACGAGGGGUUGAGCGAAAUGGAGGAGGAGGCGACAACAACUGAUGACAAGAAGGAUACUGACCCUGAGAAAGUCCAGAUCCUUCCCAUUAUCUUACAUGGGACGGGUGGAUCAUGCGUUGGCUCACGUCUGAAGGGUCAUUCCAAACGCGGUGGCGGAAAGUUAUGUCAUCAGCACCGCCAAUAUGGUGUGGUCGCCCACACGAACGAGCACAGGACCAGCCAGUGGGUCUAG